GCUAAGAUACGCGACCGCAUCUGUGCAGUAAAAAAAAUGUGCAUCCAACAAUGCUAGGAAAACUCAACGCCGAAAUGCUGCACUCACAACAGGCAGCCAAUGUAUUCGCCACUCGACUCUCACAGCUGCUCUCAUAUAACACUCUUCAACAAACCACUUUCCCGCUCAUUAUAUACCAUCGCAGCAUAAUCCAUAUUGGUGUCUGCCUAAAUUUUGACGACUGUCUCAAUUUGUUAUACAUUUUCGAUAAAGGGUCCACUCAGUGGCUGGAAUAUAUGCUUGGGAGCAGUACGGACUUCUAUAGUAUUCUCUUGCCAUUUUCCUACUAUCGAUGAUCCGCAAUACCGCUAUUUAGUAGGUUCACCGAGUCUCUGUCGAAGUAUAUGGCAUAUUAGUUCCAGCUCUAAUCAAUCCGUUCAGGGAAAUUGUAGGCGGUCGGCCCUACGUACUUUAAAAUCAAUCCUUUUCCAGUUGAUGUCUUUAUCACUUGUGACGUGAGAAGGUGACAUCCAAAAUACCCCUAAUCCUAGGCUCAGCAAAGGAAAACGCUUCACAUGUCUUCUUAUUCGGACGAAGGUAUUUCGUGGGCUACCUUUCCGCAGAUGCCUUACUUGCUUGAAUUGGACAUCGGCAACUGCAACAUACAGUUCAUUGCACGUGAAGUAUUCCAGAACAUCACUGGGCUCCGCAAGCUUUUCAUGCCGCACAAUAAAAUGCUCGACAUUCCAUCUGACACCUUUCAGCUGCUACCCCAUCUGGAGUAUCUUGAUUUAUCCUUCACUAAUUUAUUGGAAAUCGACUAUAGGACAACACAUCUCACACUCAAUGCUGUGUGGCAUCUCGUUUAUGGUGUUAAAAUACAUAAAGACACUUUCAAGAAUCUAAAUAAUCUCGCGUAUCUCGAUUUGUCGCAUACGAAGGUAACACGCAACAGCGCCAUGGCAUUUACAUAUCUCGGUCAGAGUCUGAAAUUCAUGA